AUGCAUCUACUGCGUCCGCAACUCGAUGAAAAAGCAAAGUUACUAGCUAAGAAACUUUUUGCUGCACCAUCAUCGUCGAAAGUUUCUGUUAUUGUUGAUCAUUUAAUAAAACUCCAGGAGUUAUUCAGCAAGCAAUACAAACUACAACAAAGAAUUGGGUAUUGUGAUAAUGAACUAGUAUAUGUCAUAUACCAAGUAAUCACCAUAUAUUUCGAUUUGACCAAGCUCAAUAUCCAAGCAAAAAGCGAAGCAAUAUAUUCAGAGUUGGUUAAAACGAUACGAGCGAGAGAUUACGAGUUUCAAGAAAUAGCAAAAGGUUUAGUGGAUGAUACUGCGGACCCUUUGCAAACUCGACUCAACUCACUCAUGGGGAAAAGCUCUAGUCCCAGUUUAAAUGGGAAUGAAAAUGUAAACGGUGGCAAACACACUAACCACAAAAGUUUUUACAAGAUACUGGUACUGCCCGCGGAGUUGAAAGAGUUGAUGGACAAAAAUAGUGUAUUGAUUAUUGAUUACAGACCUGUCAAAAAUUAUGAAAACAAUCACAUAAAAUACCAGCAUUUAGUCAAUAUAGACCCCGAAAUCGUCAUUAAUUUGCCCAAUGAUGCACACGAUACAGAUCUUGAAGAUCAACUACGGCCAAGAAUCCCAUAUCUGCAAUUUCAGCAUUUCCAAGAACGACACAAGUAUCAGCAAGUUGUAAUUUAUGAUUAUAAAUAUGGAGCAAUGGGGCAAGAUAGGUUUCAAGGCAUAUACAAUGAACUCGAAACAGAAAACCCUGCAAAGUAUCCAUUUGACAAGUUGGUAAAUAUUUUAUUUUUUCAAAACAAGUAUAUCAGUUCAAGCUUGAAAUUGAUGCCUAGUUACCUCACCGGUGGAGUAUACAAUUGGUAUCAGCAGUUUGGAGAAGAACUGCUUGAACGACUGCGCGAUGUCAAUGCAAUAAGUAAUGGGAAUGAAGUCGUUAAUGGGAAAAAAUAUACUUUGUCAUUUAGCGAUUACCUUUCUACAUCUAACAAAGAUUCGAACCCUCCACGUCAAGAACAUUAUCCUAAUUCACACCCUGUAUUUGAACCAUCUGCAACGAAACCAGCUUUGCCAAAAAAAGAACCAUUAAUAGCGUCAUCUACAAUUGGGAUGCAACCAUACACUCCAUCGCUACGAAAUGGUCAUAAAAAUGGACAGAGCAAUGGUAAUAUGAAAAUUUCAACCGAUUCCGCCAAGAAAAGUGGUACUAUACAAUUAGCACAGGCAAAAACAAAUAAUCAAUCUUCUAAAUCUGCUUUGCUUGAAGAGUUUAGUACGGGUUUGGUAAAUUUAGGAAACUCGUGUUAUUUAAACAGUGUUGUGCAAUGCCUUACCGCAGCACCAGACUUGACUUCCUUUUUUGUUCCCUCAAUCACAUACAACGAUACUGAUUCAUAUAAACAGCAUAUCAAUGUCAACAACAAAUUAGGUACACAAGGGAAACUCACAAUGGGGUUUGUCGAAUUGAUCUUGAAUAUGCUCAAAAAUGAUGGCAAACUGUUUAGCCCAUCCAAAUUCAAACAGAUUGCUGGAGCAUUAUCUCCAGGAAGACAAUUUGCCACUUAUGACCAGCAGGACUGUGUCGAGUUUCUUGAUUUCUUGCUUGAUGGUCUUCACGAAGAUUUGAAUCAGUUUGCCGUAUCGGAUCCAAAGGAGAAACAAAGAAUAAUGGAAUUAACACCAGAACAAGAACAUGCAAGAGAAGUGCUACCAGUCAGACUUGCCUCGACCAUCGAAUGGGAAAGAUACCUCAAACUAAAUUUUUCCAUUAUUGUUGAUAAAUUUCAAGGCCAGUAUUUGUCUCAAUUGAAAUGUUUGGAGUGCAAAUUCACUUCUACUUCAUACAAUGCAUUUUCCAUCUUGUCAUUACCAAUUCCAGAAAAACUCGGUAGAGGCAGCAAUCAAACAGUCACUCUUAAUGAUUGCCUUGAAGAGUUUAUCACCACAGAGCUAUUAGACGAAGACAACAAGUGGCAUUGUCCGCGAUGCAAAAAACUCACAAAGUCUACAAAGAGAAUAGCGAUAACAAGAUUACCACAAAUAUUGAUUUUGAAUUUCAAAAGGUUCAAAUUACACGAGAGCAAUCAGCUGUUUCGUAAAUUAGAGACAUUUGUCACAUAUCCUGUUACUGAAGUGCUAGAUUUGACAAAAUACUGGUCUGAUAUUGGAACUACACUUUCGGACGCUUCACUGGAGAACAGAAUGACACCAGAAGAGGAACAACAAAGGUUGAAAAAUUUACCUGUGAGAAAUCAAGUGCCGCCAUUCAAGUACAAAUUGUUUGCAGUAGCUAAUCAUUUCGGCAACCUAACUACUGGCCACUACACGGCAUAUGUGUAUAAGAAGGAUCGCAAAGGUGUUAAAAAUUGGUGUUAUUUUGAAGACUCAAGAGUUACAAAGAAUGUCUCGCCAAGUCAAGUGAUGAAUAAGAACGCAUAUUGCUUGUUUUUCAGACGUGUUUGA